AUGCCUCCAAUCCUCACUCAAUCCUCACCCGAACCCCAUGAAUCAAUCGACGCCAUCUUGAUGCUCAAUACCUGCAACCUACCCAUCAUCACCCCCUGCUCCGCCACCCUCAACCCCCACAGCUUCGCGCUCCCAAACCUCUUCCACCUCCUCACCUGUGGCCACAUCGUCACAAUCGACGACACCGACCGGCGCUGUGCCCAUAACUGCCACCGCACCACCGCCACUACCUCGCGCCCCAGCGAAUUCCCAGAGCCACAAUACACAAACAGCGCCGAUGAAAUCACCUUCACCGAUACAGCUACCAACAUCUACCCUGACACCCUCUACUGCGAAGUCUGCACCGGAAUCCCAUUCGAUAGGUACUACAUCAUGUUUCCUCCCCCCGGCCCUUCUCUUCUGCGCCGUUGUCUAGCGCUCUCCCGGGCUAUCAUUGCGGCUACGAUGAUCCUUCCCGCGCUGGCGGUAGACGAGAUUUUGUGUCCUGUGUUGUACGUGCCGGGACACGUGCCGCAUGAGUUGAGGUGUGGGCAUAGGGUUUGGUGCAUGCUGGAGAGGUGGUGCGGGGUUAAUUGUAGUGAUUGUAGGGAGGGGAGAUGGAAGGGGUUGGAUGCGGUGGUUUGUGAGGAGUGCGUGGGGAGGGGGGAAAGGGUGUAUGAGCGGUAUUGGUAG